AGAUCUUUCUCCUCAUCAAAAAAACAAGACAGAGAUCUUCUUCUUCUUCCCAUGGUUUUCCCACUUCGCCACUUCCUCCACCGUCAGAUCUCCGACCGAGUAAGCCUCCCCUGAAAACAGAACAUUCUGGACGCCACAAUGCUCCCCUGUUUGAAAAUAUUUGAUGAGGCGCGGUAGUGAAUUGUUGGCUUUAGAGAGAUGGGAAGAGGUCUGAUGGGAGCGGUUCUGAUGUAUCUUGGUCCAAGUGAGCAUGGUACUCCUCGCUUUGUUCGCAGAGGAAGAAGGUUUAGUCGCAUUUCUACACUGCAAUUCUCGCUCUGGGUUUUUGUCUUUGCAGCAAUCUUUCUGCUUUAUUUCAUCUUCUUCGGCCUCACAAUGUUGUCUACAGAUGAGAAUGAGAAUGAAGAAAGUGCAGUUAUUCCAGUAAAGGUAGAAUCUUCGCGGACUGAUGGUGGAAGCAAGCAUCGUAGGAAAUAUACUCCUUGCGACGUUCCGUUGAAGGAAUCAGUUGAUUAUUUUAAGGAACCCCGGGAAGUUAUGAACUUUACACAGUUUUCACUAGAGUACAUUGACCAAGAGGAAAAACUUCCUACAAGUAAUAUAUAUGAACCUAGAUUUGGAGGGCAUCCGACCCUUGAGGAAAGAGAGCAGUCCUUUUAUGCCGUAAAUCAAACUCUUCAUUGCGGAUUUGUCAACGGGCCUCCAGGGUCCUCAAGCACUGGGUUUGAUUUAGAUAUGAAGGACAAGGCGUAUAUGAAGGAUUGUAAGGUUGCAGUAUCUUCUUGCAUUUUUGGGAGCUCUGAUUUUCUAAGAAGGCCUACAAGUAGAAAGAUCAGUGACUAUUCCAAGAAAAAUGUUUGUUUUGUAAUGUUUGUGGAUGAAGAAAGCCUGGCAAAAAUAUCAUCCGAGGGGCAUUUUCGUGAUGAUACAGGACAUAUUGGCUUGUGGAGGAUAGUUAUAGUGAAGAACUUACCAUAUGCAGAUAUGCGGAGAACUGGAAAGGUGCCAAAACUUUUAUCACAUCGCCUUUUUCCCUCAUCAUGGUAUUCCAUUUGGGUUGACAGCAAGAUGCGACUUAAUACUGAUCCGAUGCAGAUUAUCGAAUACUUUUUAUGGCGAGCAAAAUCAGAAUAUGCCAUUUCCAAUCACUAUGACCGGCAUUGUGUUUGGGAGGAGGUGCUCCAAAAUAAGCGUCUAAAUAAGUACAAUCACACAGUGAUUGAUGAGCAGUUCACAUUUUACCAAUCUGAUGGCCUCACCAAGUUUGACUCUUCAGACCCAAAUACUCCUCUUCCAAGUUAUGUUCCCGAAGGUUCAUUUAUUGUCCGUGCACAUACACCUAUUUCAAAUUUAUUUUCAUGCCUCUGGUUUAAUGAAGUUGACCGGUUUACCUCCCGCGAUCAGCUUAGCUUUGCAUAUACUUUCUUAAAAUUGAAGAGAAUGAACCCAGAUAGACCAUUCUACCUAAAUAUGUUCAAGGACUGUGAGCGCAGAGCACUAGCAAAGCUAUUCCGGCACAGGGCAGAGCUGUCUCCACCUGUUACUUGAUUAAAAGUUAUGACAUUUAGUGUAUGCCUGGAUGGACAAAAACCAAGCCAAUUUCAGCUCUUUUUGCUAGACAUUGAUCGAGUUGUCUUGUCCUGCUGCUAUUAAUGGCUGGAGGGUUAUUUUGUUGCACUUCCACCUGAGCACAUAGCAUGCAUAGGGAUAAGCCUCAACUGCUGGUGCUGUUUGGUUGGUAUAAAUACUUCAAACAGGGAAAGACAGACCACGCAAGAGUGGUUACUUUAGUCAUCCCUCAUAAUCGCAAUUCAUUGGUGGUUUACACUUUUAGUGACUGAAAAUGCAUAUAUGUUUGAGGCUUAUUUUCCUCUCUAGGAAUUCUUAUACAUUUUCAAACCCACCUUUCUAAUUUUCAUGAAAGAAGGGUUAGAAACUUACAAGUUGUAAUACAUUUUUGUUCUUUAUAUGGUAUACAAAGUAGCUCGCCCCAAAAUUGAAUGAA